CCUUCCUUGCCCUAUUCCCCUUCUGUGCACUUUCGUAGUGCCCUCUGUUUAUGUCCAUUACAGCAAGGUUCAUCCUCUAUCCUAAUUGUCUGGAUUCCUUGUUCAACUGUGCAUUCUUAAGAAGGCAAGCUGCUGAGAAAAGUGAUAGAAAUACUGGGAUAAAUCUGCUCUUCUGUGCCAAGGAGGGGACAAUGUCACAAGUCAAAACCUCUUAUUCCUAUGAUGCACCCACGAACUUCAUCAAUUUCACAUCUUUGAAUGAUGAGGAAGAUACUCAAAACAUAGAUUCCUGGUUUGGUCUCCCAUCCUCCUUAAGAGAAAUUCCAGGGUGAGGGACAAAAAUGAGUCCAUUGCAGCCCAACUUAUUACUUAAAAUGCAGUGUCCAAAUGUGAUGGCCAAUGCUACUCUCUUGGAAAAGAACUUUAAUGAUGAGAAGGCCAAUUUAGAGAAUAACUUCCCUGGGAAGAAUGGGACAGGAGGGCUUUUUCAGGGGAGAACUCCUCUGAGAAAGGCUAAUCUUCAGAAAGCUACUGUCACACCUCUGAAACCAGUUGACAAGACUUACUACAAGGAGGCAGAAAAAGAAAACCUGUUGGAACAAUCCACCCCAUCAAAUGCUUGUUCUUCCCUGGAAGUUGAGGUUGCCACAUCAGGAAAUACUCUAGGUCAGCCUCAGAGAAGAUCUAUUAGGCUCUCUGCGCAGAAGGAUUUGGAACAAAAACAAAAACACCAUGCAAAAAUGAAAGCCAAGAGAUGUGCUACUCCUGCUAUCAUCAGUGAAAUUCCAGCCUCCAAAAAAAUGAAACUUUCUAACAACAAAAAGAAGCCAGAGGAAGAAGACAGUGCUCAUCAAGAUAGUGCCCAAAAGAAAGAACCUUCCUCAGAGAAAGCCAAGAGCAGACAUACUAUGCCUUGUACACUACCUAUAAGGCAAAAGGUUCUGAAAAGUACUGAGGAGCAGGAGUUGGAGAAGAGAAUGAAAAUGCAGCAGGAGGUGGUGGAGAUGCGGAAAAAGAAUGAAGAAUUCAAGAAACUUGCUCUUGCAGGUGCAGGGCAACCUGUGAAAAAAUCAGUCAGUCAGGUAACCAAAGUAGUUGACUUCCACUUCUGCACAGAUGAGCGAAUCAAACAACAUCCUAAGAACCAGGAGCAGUAUAAGGAAGUGGACUUUACAUCUGAACUGCGAAAGCAUCCUCCGUCUCCUGCCCGAGUGACUAAGGGAUGCACCAUUAUUAAGCCCUUCAACCUGUCCCAAGGAAAGAAAAGAACAUUUGAUGAAGCAGCUUCUUCGUAUGUGUCCCUUGCACAGCAAGUCGAAGCCUUCCAUAAACGAACCCCUAACAGAUAUCACUUGAGGAGCAAGAAGGAUGAUAUUAGCCUCUUACCCUCCAAAGCUGUGGCCAAGAUCUGCAGAGACCCACAGACUCCUAAACUGCAAACCAAACACCGUGCAAGACCUGUGACCUGCAAAAGUGCAGCUGAUCAGGAAGCUGAGGAACUUGAGAAACUACAACAAUAUAAAUUCAAAGCACGUGAAAUUGAUCCUAGAAUUCUUGAAGGUGGGCCCAUAUUGCCUAAGAAACCAGCUGUGAAGCCACCUACUCAGCCUGUUGGCUUUGAUUUAGAAAUUGAGAAAAGGAUCCAGGAACGAGAGUCAAGGAAGAAAUCAGAGGAUGAACACUUUGAAUUCCAUUCCAGACCCUGCCCUACUAAGAUCCUGGAAGAUGUUGUGGGUGUUCCUGAAAAGAAGGUACUUCCAAUCACCGUCCCCAAGUCACCAGCCUUUGCUUUGAAGAAUAGAAUCCGUGUGCUCACCAAAGAAGAUGAGGAAGAAGAGGAGCCAGUGGUAAUACGAGCUCAACCUGUGCCACAUUAUGGGGUGCCUUUUAAGCCCCAAAUCCCAGAGGCAAGAACUGUGGAAAUAUGCCCUUUCUCCUUUGAUUCCCGGGACAAAGAACGUCAGCUGCAGAAGGAGAAGAAAAUCAAAGAACUGCAGAAAGGGGAAGUUCCCAAGUUCAAGGCUCUUCCCUUGCCUCAUUUUGACACCAUUAACUUGCCAGAGAAGGUGGUGAAGAAUGUAACCCAGAUUGAGCCGUUUAGUUUGGAAACUGACAAAAGAGGUGCUAUGAAGGCACAGACUUGGAAGUACCAGCUGGAAGAGGAACUGAAGCAGCAGAAAGAAGCAGCUUGCUUCAAGGCUCGUCCAAACACUGUCAUCUGCCAGGAACCCUUUGUUCCUAAGAAAGAGAAAAAAACAGUUGCUGAGGGCCUUUCUGGUUCUCUAGUUCAGGAACCUUUUCAGCUGGCCACUGAGAAAAGAGCCAAGGAGCGGCAGGAGCUGGAGAAAAGAAUGGCUGAGGUAGAAGCCCAGAAAGUUCAGCAGUUGGAGGAGGCCAGGCAACAGGAAGAAGAGCAGAAGAAGGAAGAGCUGGCCAGGCUACGGAAGGAACUGGUGCAUAAGGCAAAUCCAAUACGCAAGUACCAGGGUGUGGAGGUAAAGUCAAGUGACCAGCCUUUGACUGUGCCUGUAUCUCCCAAGUUCUCCACUCGAUUCCACUGAUAAACUCAGCUGGGAGCUGCAGGCACCACCUGGGAAGAGGAGCUGCUCUUUAUGUCAAACCAGGAGCCUUCAUUUUUUUUUGCUGGGGCACCAAAAGAACCCAUUUCUCAGACUCUUUUGCCUACUCAUGCCUGACAGAGCGUACUUGACAACUGUGGACCCAGUUUUGUUGAGAAUGAUUUUCUUACAUUACUGAAGCUAAUAAUGAGACUCAACUCAUGUUGGUCUAUACCAGACUCCAUGUAGUGAUUUUCUUUAAACUGUCAGUUGGACUUUAAUGUAGGUCUUAACUCUCUGACUAGAAUUUAAAGUCUCUGUAUCAAUACAGUGUAAACGCAAUUGCCUCCUCUCCUGUCCCCCCCUUUUUUGUUCUAUUUUAAUCAGAAAAUAAAGUUAGUUAAAUAUUGA